AACCCCAAUGUCAGCCACACCUCCCAGUGUCACACCAGUCACACCCUCAGUGUCACGCCAGCCACACCUCCCAGUGUCACACCAGUCACACCUCCCGGUGUCACGCCAGCCACACCCCUCAGUGUCACGCCAGUCACACUUCCCGGUGUCACGCCAGCCACACCCCUCAGUGUCACGCCACCUACCUACGCCAGUACUGCAGCCACUACCUCCUUGACCCCAGUUGCAGCAAGGGAUCCAUUACACCCGUGUCUACCCGACGAAAACGAAAAGCGUUACCGCUACCCGGGUAGCUGCAGCAUUUUCUUCCAGUGCCUGCAUGGACGUGCAAUCACCAUGGCGUGCGAUUCGAGCCUCGUCUUCGAUGUCACUCUCAAUGUGUGUCAGGUCACGACCCCAGACUGCCACGAGACGUCCGCCACAACUCAGGACAGUGAUGCAGCCAGGCCAUGCGAGAAGAUGAGUGGCAUGUACUACCCACACCCUGCAGCAUGCAACCUCUAUAUUCAGUGCAGCAACAACAUCACAAAUGUCAGGAUAUGUCCUGAUACCUUGUAUUCAACCCUGACACCUCAACCUGUAUCCCACUCACACCAGACUUUGUGUGUCCUUAGUGUACCCGUCCACUGUACACCCUGGUACUUGUUCCACCCCUACUUCAGCUUUGGUUUUUUCCCUGGGUUUUUUUGGCUUCUUCGUGUUAGAAGUGUUUUGCAUUUCACAAUCUUCUUUGCCAUGAUACAGUCUUCUUUAUGGUUACAGAGAAGUGUUUCAGUAUAAUGUUUUGUGUGAUAACACGCCAUUUACAAAAGUCUGUGUAUGUACAGACAGUGGAACCUGUUCAUCUCGUCAGUUGAAACUUGUUCAACUCGUCCUUGUUCAUUCAUCUCCUCACAAAAAAAGCAUAUUUGCUUUUUACAUUUUGUUCAAGGAUCACUCAAAUGUACAAUACAUGAUAUACAGACAUCAGUCACAACUGUGUGACAUGGAACUCACACCUAGGUCAGAGCUGUGUUCACUCUGUGUUUUGGAAUUAAAUCUUGUUUCAGUCGGACUCGUUGUUAGUCAUACAAACUGUACAGUUAGUUUAAUAAAAAGUUUUCUUUCCUUUAUUUCAGUAUAAGCUUUACUGACUAUGUGGAUGAUGAGCAUUAUAUGGACUGUGGAUAAGAGGUGUAGACUGUGGAUAAUAACACUUAAACAUUGAGAAUGGCAGAGGUGCACUGCUAAGACAGUUUGUACAGACUGGACUGGGAUGUAAACCAGAACAUUUGAACUUGUGUGUAUCAGUUCAUACCCAGGUCAGACCACAAAUAAUCUGAACUGUGUAUGUUGUUGUCUAAACCUGAUGUUACUCAUAGAAUCCAUUGUACUUAUUUCUAAUAUUUUGGUUGUGCUACUCCAUAUAAUGUAUAAUUUUUUCCUUCAUGUCUCACAAAAACUGAACAUUUUUACACUUUCUCAAACAGAACGAAUCUAAGAUGUAUCUUCUUUUAGGUGAGUCAUGUAAAUAAAGUGUACAGUAAGCAUGUAUCUCUAUCUUCUUAUAUACAUGUAUCCGCACAGUUUUGAUAUCUAGACUUGAAAACACAUUGUGGGCAAUUUAUUUUAUUUAAUAACAGUAACUAGGUGAACUUACUUUGGUUUUGGAUGUCACAACU